AUGAAGAAAAAUCCCCUUUCCUUUGAUGGGAAGCCAGAUCCUAUAGAAGCUGAGAACUGGUUCUUGCAAAAGGAGAAAUUGUUAGAAGCUUUAGAUUGCACUAACUCUCAGAAGGUGCAAUUUGCAACUUUCAAGUUGAUUGGGGAAGCUGAGCAUUGGUGGAGAUCCACUAAGUCCAUUUUGGAGGGAAUGGACACUGAGAGAAACCCCAUCAAUUGGGAGAAAUUUAAAGGGGUUUUCUACGAUAACUACUUCCCUGAGGUGGUUCGGGAACGAAAAGAGAGGGAAUUUGCUGAUUUGGUGCAAGGAAGUAUGACUGUUGAGCAAUAUGCAGCUAAAUUCAUUUUUGGACCCCAUUUAAUCCUUACUAAGGUGAAGAAAGCAAGCAAUUUUCAAAAGGGGUUGAAUGAGAGACUUCGACACCAUUUGAUUGCAUCAGGGGUUGAUAAUUAUGUAGAGUCAGUUAAAAGAGCUACGAGACUGGAGGAAGAUUUCAAGAACAAUGUUAGGAAGGAGAACCCACAUAGAAACACUAGACAGACAGGCUUUUGA